AUAACAAAACUCCAGGUGUUGCAUACACCACAAAAAUUACAUGAUCGCCCACACGCAUAAAUCUAUUUGACUUGCAAAACUUUGAAAUACUUGUUUCAAAACAAAUACAUGAGAUUGUGUCUUGCACCUCUUGUGAAGGUGAGGCUGAUACCCGGACACGCCGUAGCCGCCAAACCGACGGCUCAAACUCAGCCCCUCACGUCCACCCGUGCGCCGCCGAAUGCCGAACACAAAACCCACGCCCACCCACGCACGCACCGCGCCGGCGUCGGCAUCGGCAUGAAGAGCUCGGCGGACGACGUGGACAUCGAGCUGGUCAAGGCGGUGGCGCAGGCGUGGUACGCGCACUCGGGCAACCCGCGGCCGUCCCGCGCGCCGGCGGACGACGACGACGGCGCUGGUCUGGGAGCGCGCCGCGCGGACGCCCCGCGCUACAGGCCGUCGCGGUUCAAGCUGGAGGCCGAGGCCGCGGCCGCGGCGGCCAAGCCGGCGCCAAACAGGAGAUCGUGGGACUUCACGCAGUCGCUGUGGGACACGUACGAGCUGGUCACCGUCGCGCAGAAGAUCGAGUCCAGCCUCGCCAUCGUCGACGAGGCCAGGCCACCAAGGCGUGGCUUUGGCUUCACCAACGAAGACGCCACGCGCGGGGGAGGAGGGAAGCGGCCGUGGGAGAGCAAGCGUAGCCUCAGGAGCCUGUUCCGCCGGUCCUCGUCCAGGAGGUUCGAGGAAUCAAGCAGCUAGCUAGUCUUCUCCCUCUCUACCCGCUGCCUGUUUCUCUCCUCUAGUCCUUCCUUGCCUGAAAAACUACUCAGGCAGCGUCUAUGCAACUUACAGAGCUAUCUGUACUGUCAGCCAAACCACGGCAUACUUCCAUCCCAUGCAUUUAGGUAGAGAAAAACACAGUCCGAUACAAGUACAUAUAUAGCGAAUGAAGCAUAUAUAUAUGAUUAUGAUCCAGAA